AUGGACGCGGACAAGAAACUCCCCGUCAGCGACAUUGGCGAUGGCCAGUCGUGUGCUGAAGGCCAGAUCGACAUUGGGGACACUGCCUUUGCAGGCGACCGCAGGCCAGAGUCACUCGCGAACCUGGGGGAUGUUGAGAUCGCGGCCCUCAACAAGAAGCUCGUCCGCAAGAUCGACCUGCUCAUCCUGCCACCCAUCGGCAUACUGUACAUUCUCAACUACAUCGAUCGUCAGAACCUCUCGGCAGCCAAGCUACAAGGCAUCACAGACGAUCUCAACAUGACCACCGAGCAGUUCGCAACGGCCAUCUCAAUUCUAUUCGUCGGCUACCUACCCUUCCAAAUCCCGAGUAACCUCAUCAUCACAAAGAUUUCUCGUCCUGGCAUGUACAUAUGCACGGCUGUUGUCAUCUGGGGUGCCAUAUCUGCUGCCACAGCUGCGGUGCAUAAUUAUGGUCAAUUGCUUGCUGUUCGGGCUAUUCUUGGAGCAGUCGAAGCGGUCUUCUUCCCUGGUGCAAUCUACUACUUGUCUGCCUGGUAUACAAAGAAGGAGCUUGGAAAGCGACUCGCCGGUCUCUACAUUGCACAGCAAGUCGGCAACGCCUUCGGUGGACUCUUCGCCGCGGCCAUUCUGCAACUUGAUGGACAACAUGGCAUCCGAGGAUGGAAAUGGCUCUUCAUCAUCGAGGGCUCUGCGACCGUGGGUAUUGGUGCUAUCUGUGCCUGCAUCAUGCCCGAGUUCCCACACAACAGUCGUGUCCUCUCGCAGAUCCAGCGUGACCUUGCAGUGUGGCGCAUCGAGUCUGAGGCGGGAGCAGCUGAGGGCACAGAGGACGAAGGCACCAUGAGCGGCUUCGUGAAAGCCCUCUCUGACCCGAAGUUGCUUCUUCUCAUCUUCUGCAACCUGCUCUCGCAAGGACAGGGCUCCAUCGCGAACUACUUCCCCACCCUCGUCGGUGCGCUCGGCUACUCUCAAACCAUCAGCUUGCUGCUCACCGCUCCCCCUUACAUCCUCGCUGGCUUCAUCUACUACGGCAUCACCUUCUACUCAGACCGCAAGAACACGGUGUACCCGAUCAUUAUUACGUGCAUCGCCAUUGCAACAGGAAUGUAUAUCAUCCCCAUGGCGACAAACAACGUUGGUGCACGCUACUUCUCCAUGAUGAUCCUGCCUUUCGCGUCCGUCGGUCCUCAGAUUCUUUUGUACAAGACGAUGAAUCUUCACCUCGCACGACCCGUCUCCAAGCGCGCAGCAGCUUCUGCUCUGAUUAAUGCCAUUGGUGGCACGUCAAACAUCUGGACUUCAUAUCUCUACUAUGCGCCUCCACACUUUUACGCUGCAUUCGGCGCCCUCAUGGGCUGUGCCGUGUUGUUCGCGGCCACCAUCACCGUCUACCGUUGGCUGGUGCUUCGCGAGAACAGACGCCUGGACUCGGGUGAUCCGGCUGAGAUUGCAAAGGCUAUGAAGGGUGGUGUUACUCAGGAAAUGGUUUCUCUUGGCUGGCGGUAUGAGAUGUAUUAG